AGGCGUGCGAAAACGAAUAUAGCCGGUUAGCAGGCUUGCUUCUUAUAGCUCGUUAAGGUGCAAUUAUAAGAGGAGCGAACGCGCCAAAUCUCGAUUCUCACUCUUAGCUGGCGCGCCUCGCGGUUCAGGUGUCCAAUCAUGCCGAUGGAAGUAGAGGAUGACCAGAAGAUGCAGAUGCUGCGAAAGGCGUUCCAGAUGUUCGACACGACCAAGUCGGGCACGAUCGACACGCUCAAGAUCAGCACGAUCCUGAACACGCUGGGCCAGGCGUACGACGACAACGAGUUGAACGCACUGGUGGAGGAGAACGACCCCGAGGGCAGUGGCAAGGUCAACUUCGAGACGUUCUGCACGAUCGCGAUCCACUUCCUGGAGGAGGAGGACGCCGAGGCGAUGCAGGAGGAGUUGAAGGAGGCGUUCCGGCUGUACGACCGCGAGGGCAACGGCUACAUCACCACGGCCACCCUCAGGGAGAUCCUGGCCGCCCUUGACGACAAACUCACCAGCGACGACCUCGACGGCAUCAUCACCGAGAUCGACACCGACGGCUCCGGCACCGUCGACUUUGACGAGUUCAUGGAGAUGAUGACCGGCGAGUGAAUCCAAGCGAAAUCGGCGCCGCCAAACUCAACUCCACUUUUCCGCUUUUUCUCUACUGGACCACAAUUACGUGUGCACAAUUACAAACCUUUUUUUCGUUUGAAAAUUCUAUUGAUUUCAACAAGUUAUUGCCUGAUCGUUGCAACAACGAUCCGAAAUGGUUGAUUAUUCUCAAAUUGGAAAUCAAGAUUUGGUCCGAAUUUCAAUCAGUGCUUUUCUUAGAAAAUGUUUGUCAACUCUGGCAGCAUUAGUCCUGUGGCUCAAAUUUUUAAAAUAGAUUUUGGGCUUUUUCCACGUAGAUAAUAAUUUUUUCAAACAAAACACUUGGAAAUAAACGUAAUUUUGCACACAAUUAGUCCCAAACGCACUAUGUGAAUACUAUAACGAGUUGAAGCUUGAAAAUCAAACUUUGGGCUUUGUCUCAAAUCGCAAAAUGUUGUACUGCGUCUUGUCAGUAAAAUGAAAGGGACUGUUUCCGCCGAGGGGAAAAGCACUUUUCACACUUUUGUAGCAAAAAUCAGCUCGACGCUCGGUUGGGUUAAAAAGAACUAAUCACUCUUGGCAAAGAUUGUUUGGAGAAAAAAACAUUCAUGUCACAUCGAUUCCGUCCACGAAUCUACAGUAAUAAUUUAUUUUGGAAGAUCGCUUUUGCUUUUGCGUGAUUGCAGAUGAGGGGCGCAAGAAAUAAAAUAUUUUUUCAGCUAAA